ACAUCGAGCACGCCCAGUCUGAUGGUCACUUGCUUGGAAAAAGCUACGAGGAUGACGGUGCCAGCAAAGCGGUAAGCUCAUCUGAAAACAUCAACAGGCCAGACUGAAUAUUCGACCGAAGUAGUCCAAACCCAAAACCGAGUCAUACCACCGUCGUAAGGCUUCCUUCAGAACCUUAUCCACGAAUGGCAGUCCAACCCUAUUGCACAAGAGCCCAGCGGCAACGCCUCAAACCUUAAGCCUCCCUACAUGUGCACUCGACCGCACCUUGCCUUCGGCCCAUUGGUCUCAGGAUCUCACCAUUCAGCACAUGUCACCAAGCGUUGAUAUUGAAGGAUACCGGCAUCGAAACGAGGUCAGAGGUCCUCCUUCACCGUGACACUCCUUUGGCGAAUUCCCCCUUCGAGAUGGACAGUAUCGGAUCGACAGCCAGCGAGACGUCGAGUAGCCCGAGACACGAGAUCCGCCCCGAGCAGAUCAUCAGCCUCAUUAUCGCACCGAUAUCGUCUUGCCUCCUGGCAUAUCUACUUCGUCACCAGUGGUCCGCGAUCAAAGAUUGGCGCCCGUUGCCAUGGACAAGAUGGCUUGUGUUAUUCAUCUACCUCUUCUCAUGCCUAUUCAUUUUCGGAUCAUGGGUAUUCCAGCUCUUGUUUCUGGAUGAGCUUCGAAUGGAUUUCAUACCAUGUUCAGCUGCGGGCAUGUUGUGCCUGACUGCUUACGUCGUAAUCAAACUCGUCUACCUCUUCAUGGUUGAUAAAGCGCAUGUUAUCCGAGGCACUACCAAGUCUCGUCUCAAGUCCAAAUUAUAUGUAUUUAAUUCGUUUGUCAUGCUGGCUGUAUACGGCAUUAUAGCAACGUUCAACUUUGUUUCUCGAGGCUCCCGGUACGACAAGGAGAAUGAUGUAUGCAUCACCGAGCUAGAGCGCACCAUCCUGUUGCCCGUCAUUUUCUUUGACGCUGUUAUCAACGUGUAUCUGACAUCUCUAUUCUUGUUUCCACUCUUAAGACUACGCUCGAUUCAAAUAUCGAUGAUGAAGCCGUGGACGAUGCAUGAGAAUACGCUUCACUUCUCCCGGGUUCCGCCUAACGUGAGGCUACGGAGACUCGCGUUACGAACUUUCGCUGGUGUUCUCGGCACAUUGGCUAUCAGUAUUGCCAACCUGUCAGUAUUGGUGGCUCUGGAAGGCGAGAUAGUUUGGCUGUGCCUCACUUGUUGCAACACAGACAUUCUCUUCACUGCGUUUGUCAUCCAUUGGAUCAACUCCAGCGGCAAAGCUGCACCGAAGUCUAAUGUUGAAGUUGUUCCUACCCCAAUCCCGCCGCCACCAUCAAUGAAGCUCGGCGAAAAGGAAACUGUUACCUUUACUGAAGUAUUUGAUCAACGACAAAAGUCUUACGACGAUCAUUAUCACAAGCCAUAGUCUUAUUCUCGUUCUGGUCAUGGUAUGGUUGGGCACCGUUCCUGAGGAGAACGCACCUAUAUGUAGCCACCGGACCUCUUUAUGGAAACGGCCUUGUAUCGAACAUAUGAUUCCCCCCAUGGAUAAGCGUAUUGUCUUCUCAACCCUCGGUGGCGCUAGAGGGAAAAGCAUUGCAUAAAGUAUUUGGUUGCCAUUCACUACAUGUAUUUAUCCAGCGUGCUCACGAGAAGGUCAUGUUAUUGUAUCAACCAACGUUCAAAACCUUUCCUUCCAAAAAAUUAACCAUCAAAAAAAACC